CUAUGCGCCCCGACAGUCAGGUGUUGGGGGACACAGAACAGGUGCGCAUGACCUCGGAGGGCUCCGACUGCCGCUGCAAAUGCAUCAUGAGGCCGCUGAGCAAGGACGCCUGCAGCCGGGUGCGCAGCGGGCGGGCCCGGGUCGAGGACUUCUACACGGUGGAGACGGUGAGCUCCGGGUCCGACUGCCGCUGCUCCUGCACCGCACCCCCCUCCUCGCUCAACCCCUGCGAGAACGAGUGGAAGAUGGAGAAACUCAAGAAGCAAGCGCCCGAGCUCCUCAAGCUACAGUCCAUGGUGGACCUCCUGGAGGGCACUCUAUACAGCCUGGACCUGAUGAAGGUGCACGCCUAUGUCCGCAAGGUGGCCUCCCAGAUGGACACGCUGGAGGAGAAUAUCAAGGCCAAUCUAAGCCGGGAAAACAAGGAGAUGCGGGAGAGUGUGCGGCACGUCAGCGAGCAGUUGCGACACUACGAGAACCAAUCGGCCAUCAUGAGUGGCAUCCGGAAGGAGCUCGCCAGCCUGGGCCUCCAGCUGCUGCAGAAGGACCAGGCGCCCGGCCCUGCUGGCCCUGCCAGCCCAGCUGCUGGACCUGGGAGCACCGCUCAGGACACAGCUGGGGGAAAAAGCAAGGACGCCAACAAAUACAGCAGCAUGCAGAAGAGUUUUGUGGACAGGGGUCUCCCAAAACACCCCAAGGAGAAGCUGCUGAAGGUGGAGAAGCCCAGGAAGGAGGGUGCUAAGGGCCGACCCCCCAACCCCACAGCCAGGCCCCGGGCCCUGGCCCAGCAGCAGGCUGUGAUCAGAGGUAUCACCUACUACAAGGCAGGCAGAAAGGAGGGAACUGAAGCUAUGUCUGACAGUGCCCUCAAAAGCACUUCCUGGCUGGAGCAGCUACCCGCCAAGGUGGAGGACAAGUCGCUGGAGCCCAACUUGGCAGAGCAUGAUGCCGCUAUGCCCCAGGCCUCUGAGGGGACACUCUUAGCCUCUAGCACCCCUGCUUCGGAGUCCCCCAAGCCAACCACUAUCUCCACCACCAGUGUCCUGCCUACUGAGACGCCUUCACCCCCAGAAGUGUCCACCCAAGAAGGCAGAGAGGCGAGCUGUGAGGGUACCCUUCGGUCAGUGGAUCCCCCUGUGAAACAACACAGCUACGGUCGCCAUGAGGGAGCCUGGAUGAAGGACCCCACUGCCAAGGACGACAGGAUCUACGUCACCAACUACUACUAUGGCAACAGUCUGGUGGAGUUCCGCAACCUGGAGAACUUCAAGCAAGGCCGCUGGAGUAACAUGUACAAGCUCCCCUACAACUGGAUCGGAACCGGCCACGUGGUGUACCAGGGUGCCUUCUACUACAACCGGGCCUUCACCAAGAACAUCAUCAAGUAUGACCUGCGCCAGCGCUUCGUGGCCGCCUGGGCACUGCUGCCCGACGUGAUCUAUGAGGACACCACGCCCUGGAAGUGGCGCGGCCACUCGGAUAUCGACUUUGCCGUGGAUGAGAGCGGCCUGUGGGUCAUCUACCCAGCUGUGGAUGACACCGAUGAGGCCCAGCCCGAGGUGAUCGUGCUGAGCCGCCUGGACCCCGGCGACCUGUCAGUGCAGCGGGAGACCACAUGGCGGACCCGGCUGCGACGGAAUUCCUACGGGAACUGCUUCUUGGUGUGUGGAGUCCUCUAUGCCGUGGACACGUACAACCAGCAGGACGGACAUGUGGCCUACGCCUACGACACGCACACGGGCACCGAGGCGCGCCCACAGUUGGUCUUCCGCAAUGAGUAUUCCUACACCACCCAGGUCGACUACAACCCCAAGGAACGGGUACUGUAUGCCUGGGACAAUGGCCACCAGCUCACUUACACCCUCCACUUCGUGGUCUGAGUGGGGGCCAGUGGCUCAAGGGAGAGGUCGGCCAAUGGGCCCCCAAGACUCCCCGAAACGACGCUGGUGCUAGGGACUCCCAUCAGAAAUUUCUUAUGAGGGGCCAGCCUUAGGGCCAGGUGGCUGGCAUGGUCCAGAACAAGUAGGCAUCCAGUGUGAUGGUCGUUGCUUCCCUUUGCAGAAAUUUUCUGGGCACCAAUCCUUUCCCUCCUUCCAACUUCACUCUCCAACAUAAGAGGAUGUUAAACCCACUUAUCAGAGGAGAUUGCAACUCAGAGAGUAAGAGUCCCAGAUUCAAACCCCGGCACCCCAUAGGAUCACCCCAGCACCAGCAAGAUUCCUGAGCCAGGAAUAAGCCCUAAACAUAACUGGGUGUGUCCCCCCCAAAAAAAGAGGCUCAAAGUUCUUUCUGUGUUUUCAUAGCAGCCCCGCUGGACAGAGGCUCUCACUACCUCCAGCCUGCCCAGUUUACCC